CCAAAUGUAGUUAGUGUCAGGCAAUUGUGUUUAAUUCUUUCGAAACAAGUAAAAAAAAGUGCUAAAAUGAUGAGCAAUUGGAGAAAUUGGUGUCGAUUGUGCGCAAAAAUUGAUUCCUGUGCAGGAGAUCUUACAUGCAAAGUUGAAUCCAUCUCAGAUCAACUGGAAAUUAUUCAAAAAUACUUCAUGAUUUCGCUUUCUGAUCUCUAUGAUAUUCAAUUGCCUGUCUGUCCUGAAUGCUGCAAAUUUCUGACAAAAGUAGAUGGUUUUAGAGGUCAUUGCAUUAAAGUCGAUCAAAUGUUCAAAGAAAUAAUUAGUCUGGAAAAUUCAUCAAAUUUAUCAGAUUUAGAAUCAAUUCGCAUUAGAUUUGGAGUUGACAGUGAAGAGAUUAAGUUCAGUACAUUUCUUUCUCAAAGUAUUCAAGUUGCAAGAGAAGAUUCCUUACUACCUAGUAUUUUUGCCGAGCCACUUGAGAUGCAAAAUACAGUUGAAAUUAAAUCAGAAAUACCUGAAAUAGAAAAUCUUAAUUCUAAAAGAAAAUGUACGAGGAAAGAGCAUAAUGAGGAUGUGAUAACGAAAAGUGAUUGCACUGAUGACAUAAGAAAUUAUUGGGACUCUGAUAAUAUUUCUGACAGAGAAUUUGAAUGUAAUUCUGAGAAACAAGGUCCCACAACAAAAACUAAUAAUGAUAAGAUUGAUUUUCCAAAAAUGCGUCCUAGAGGAAACACAGAACGCCAAUCUUCUUUAAGCGAAAGUUAUUUUGUAUGUGCGUUCUGUUCUACAUCAUUCAAAAGGAAAAACUUUUUGAAGCGACAUAUUUUGACUAAGCAUCAGCAAAAGAGCAUGAUUAACAAAUUUUCUAUGUGUUCUAAAGAAAUCUCCACUAGAACAAGACUGGAUACACAUAAAGAUUCAAAAUUGUGGGAAUCGAAAAAGAAGGUUCAGAUGUGUUCGUUUUGCAAUAAGAUGUUCAAAUGCAAGUUAAACUUGCAAGUUCAUUUAGAUGAAGUCCACAAAGUAGAAGGUUCUAGUAGAAAAUUUGAAAAUCCGAAGAAAACUGAAACUGAGACUAGUCGUAAUAAAGAAAUUUUCGAAAAUGAAACAAUUAGUGAUAUCAUAAUAGUUAAGAAAGACUACAAAUCCCAGGAAAAGCAGAGAAAGUGCAAGACCAAAGAACGAGAUACUGAGAAAACGUCUGGUCAACAGCGAUCUUCUGAAAACCAAACUCAAAAAAGUGAAGUAUUAACAGACAAAAAAGAACCUUGCCUAAACCAGAAAAAGCAAAAUAAGAAGGAUCAAGCGGAUAAAAGUGAACGUCCUGGAUCAACAAAAGAUGCAAAUGAUCUUUCGAGAAAGAGACCUUGGGAACGCAACCGUGAAUGUUCAUUUUGUUCUAGGGUCUUUAAGAGACGAAAUGCUCUAAGGGAGCACAUUUUGUCACGACAUACCCGACAAGACAUGAUCCAUCUCUGUUCCAAGUGUCCAAAGAAAUUCUCAGCAAAAUACAGAUUGAGAUUGCAUGAACUGACUCACCUGUCCAAAGCUGAAAGACUCCAGUAUCAAUGUCCACAUUGUGAUAGUAUUUUCAUGCAAAAAGGCGGUCUCCAGAGCCAUAUAAAUUCUGUGCACUUGCGUGACAAGCCCUUUAUCUGCGAAAAGUGUGGAAAGGGCUUCGGAACAAAAGGUGCUCUAAUAUCACAUAAGCUAACCCAUUCUGAUGAUCGUCCUUUUGCAUGUUCAGUUUGUCAGAAGAAGUUCAAGAGUAAACGCAAUUGUCAGAUUCAUGAAACGAUUCACAGUGGAUCUGGUUUUCCUUGUUCACACUGCAAUAUGGUACUGAAGAGUAAGGGUACACACUGGUUGCACAUGAGGGUUCAUUCUAACGUUAAAAAGUACAAAUGCAACUAUUGCGGCAAUGAAUACAAACACUCACAGACUCUCAAAGAUCACCUCAUUUGGCAUACCGGACAGCGUCCUUACGAGUGCCCGUUUUGUGACAAGACGUUCUCUAAUGGAUCCAACUACCGGAGUCACAAAAACAAGGCACAUGCUGCAGAGUUGGCAGCCUUGAAAGCAUCUGGAAAACAGCUGACUGCACCUAAAGUUCCAAGACUAGAGCAUUUACAACCAAAGCCACUAAAGAUGAUAGAACAUUUGCAAAGUUGGUGUCGUUUGUGUGCUAAAACUGAUUCUAUCGACGUAGAUACAGUAUAUAAAAUGGAAUUGGUCAAAGAACAAUUAGAAAUUGUCAACAAAUGCUUUUCAAUUUUGCUUCAGCCUUUUGAGGAUAUACAGUCUUCAAUUUGUGGAGAGUGUCGCAGGUUUCUUAUCAAAGUAGAUGGCUUUAGAGAUCAUUGCUUGAAAGCUGAUCAAAUGUUCAGGGAAUUAUUGCAACAUGAUAACAUUUCUGAUGUAAAUCUUUCAUCAAUUCGUAUUAAAUAUGGAUUUGAUAAUGAAGAAAUCAAAUAUAGCCCAAAUCUUCCAGAGGUCAAUGACGAAGUUUGUAGAGAUGAAGCUUUCCAUUCCGACACUUUUUCUGAUCCUCUUGAGAGUAGUAAUAUUUCAGUAAAAGAAGAAAUUUUGGAAACGGAACCUAAAACAACUCAUAAGAAACGUGGGCGUCCACGAAAAUCUUCAAAAGCGCCAGAAGUUCAUGAAAGAAGAGUAAAAAGAGCAUCAAAUGCAAAACAUAAAAAGAAUUAUAAAACUGACUCCGAUGAAGAAAUGUCUAAUGAAGAUAUGCCGGAUCAUAAGAGUGAGGAUGGUUCUGAUUAUGAACCUGAAACAACUAAUGAACCAAAAGAAGAUAAAAUCUCAGCCUCACAAAAGCCAAAAAAAAUCCGAAAACAAUUCGAAGAACAGAGACAUUUAUGUACAAUUUGUCAAAAAACAUUCUGUCGCCGAAAUGUCUUGAAACAGCAUAUUUUAGCCCAACAUCGUAAACAGGAUAUGACCCAUGAAUGCGCCCAAUGUUCAAAGAAAUUCUGCACUAGUUAUAGAUUGAAAAUUCAUGAAGCUACUCAUUUGUCUGACGAUGAAAAACGCAUUCAUCCAUGUUCCUAUUGCGACAAGAAAUUCAGCAACAAGUUCUUUGUACAAACUCACAUAAAACUUAUGCAUAUCCGGGAUAAAUUAUUCACCUGUGAGGAAUGUGGAAAGUCUUUUGGAACUAAGGGUACUCUAACUCAACAUAAAAUAAGCCAUACUGAGGAACGUCCUUGUCAGUGUUCAUUUUGUCCCAAGAAGUUCAAGAAUGAUCGUCAGCUUAAACAACAUGAGAGCAGUCACAAGGAGAGUGGUCAUCCUUGUCCUCAGUGUGGACUCAAACUCAAGAGCAUAGUUACCCUAAGGAUGCAUUUGUUGGUGCAUUCGGACAAGAAAAACUAUAAGUGUAACUAUUGCGGAAAUGAGUAUAAACGUGUCAAAACCCUAAAAAGUCAUCUACUUUUGCACACCGGUCAGCGUCCUUACGAGUGUCCAUUUUGUGAUAAAACAUUUGCAAAUGGAUCAAAUUGUCGAAGUCACAAGAAAAAGGCACAUCCGGUCGAAUUGGCAGCUUUGGAAGCUUCAGGAGAGCAACCUACUAUUACAAUUACUCCCAAGCUUAAGCACUUACAACCUAAAGUACCAGCAUUCACAUAAACAAGGUAAGUAUAAUGACAAUAGUAAAUUAUUCUAAGCCACACUGAUUUUACAAGGAUCUUUUGUCCAGUAUGACAUGAAUAAAUAAAAAACAUUGGCUAUAUA